AUGGAGCCAGGCAACUCCAUCAUCGACGGCGGCAACGAAUGGUACCUAAACACCGAGCGACGUAUCGAACAGGCCUCGUCGCAAGGCUUGCUGUAUCUCGGCAUGGGCGUAUCGGGCGGCGAAGAAGGUGCCCGAUAUGGUCCUUCAUUGAUGCCCAGAGGUUCUUAUCAAGCAUAUUCAAAUGUCCAUAAUAUUCUUCAGAGAGUCGCAGCUCAGGUCGACGACAAUUCUUGCGUGACCUACAUCGGCGAAGGCGGUUGCGGAAACUUCGUCAAAAUGGUACACAAUGGAAUUGAAUACGGCGACAUGCAAUUGAUUUCCGAAGCCUACGAUGUGUUGAAGAAUAUCGGCGGGCUGUCGAAUUCGGAGCUCGCCGAUAUUUUCGUCGAGUGGAAUCGCAACGAGUUGGAGAGCUUCUUGGUGGAGAUUACGGCAGAUAUUUUUAGGGUUAAGGAUGAGUUUGGCGAGGGCAAAUUGGUGGAUAAGGUUUUGGAUAAGACUAGGAUGAAAGGGACUGGGAAAUGGACUGUUUAG